AACCGCAUGCUAUUCUGUUUGAACUCUGAUACAGAGCGGUGAGUUUAAAAUUCAAUUUAUUUACAUUCUCUGGAUAUUUAGGCGGAUUAAGAUUCUUAUCAAUCUUGACAUCUCCUGUAUAUCUUUGUUUAUUUAUAAUUCUAAAUUUAACUUUUAUAACAACGACGAGUUAAUGUUCAUCAUCAAGAACAUCUUACAUCUUCGUCACGAUUUAAACCCAAAAGAUAAUAUUUACUUUCAGAAUGCAUCAUAUAAUGAGUUCAAAACGUGUAAAAUAUGGUAAUUGGUCACAAGAAUCAUUAAAAAUGGCAGUAAAUGCAGUUUUAGUUGAUGGUUGCUUGAAAUAUUCUGCUGCUAAACAAUAUAAAAUACCAAGACAAACACUACAUGUAUAUAAAACACACUAUAUAAAACGAGCACCUGUUGAUAAUUUUGUUAAAAAGUUACGUGCAGGACACCCAACAACACUCUCAGCUUUUCAAGAAAAAGAGCUCGUAGAAGUUCUUCUGACCAUGUCACAGAGAUUGUUUGGUUUGUCUCCAAAAGAUGUAAAACAAAUGGUAUUUCAGUUUUGUGAAGAAAAUAGAAUUAUUCACAAAUUUAAUUGUGAAACUAAGUCAGCAGGAAAAGAAUGGUUUAGGGGUUUUUUGAAACGCCAUAAUGAACUCUCUGUCAGAGUUGCUGAGUCAACGUCAUUGCAUCGAGCCAUUGGUUUUAAUAGAAUAAAAGUUAAUCGUUUUUACGAUGAACUAGAAAAAAUAAUGUUUAAUGUUAAUGGGAUGCAGAUUAUUCCACCAUCAAACUUAUUCAACGUAGAUGAAUCUGGAUUGUCUAUUUGCCAUAAACCAGGAAAAGUUGUUGCUCUUAAGGGAAAACACAGUGUUGGUGGCUUAACAAGCUCCGAAAGAGGUAAAACAAUCACAAUAGUUUGUUGCCAAUCAGCAAGCGGGUUUUUUGUCCCUCCAAUGUUGAUCUAUCCACGAAUUCGAGUGAAACCUGAAUUUUUAGAUAAAGCCCCAAUAGGUUCUAUUUCUGGUGGCAGCAAAAAUGGCUGGAUAACAACUGAGUUGUUUGAAAUAUGGUUUGAUCAUUUUUUACAAGCAGUCCAGCAUCAGUCAAGAAACCAACCAGUUCUUCUAAUUUUAGAUGGACAUUCAAGUCAUAAAAAAAAUCUUAGUGUUAUUAAAAAAGCGCGCCACUCAAAUGUUAUUAUUUUAUCACCUCCAUCCCACUGCACCCACAAACUGCAACCACUUGAUGUUUCGUUUUAUAAAAGCCUCAAAAUAUUCUAUGAUCAGGAGGUUAGUACUUGGCUUCGUCACCAUCCUGGUCGUCCUGUAACUGAACUAGAGGUUGGUGAAUUAUUUGGAAAAGCUUAUGGGAAAGCUGCAACUGUUCAAAAUUGUCAGUCAGGGUUCAAAAAAUGUGGAAUAUAUCCAUUUGAUAGAAAUGUGUUUACUGAAGAAGACUUUGCUGCAGCCAAGGCUACUGAUCACUCGUAUAUUGUCUCAAAAAUUUCAAAACCAAAUAAUACCUCUGAAAUGCACCCUACUCUCAACAAUGGGUUAGACUCUGCUAAAAAAUUAGAUAAUAUUGAUUUUGUUACAGAUUGUGUUAUUGACACUCAAAAAGAAUCUAUUUCACCAAAUUCAUCAUUUACACUUCAGAAGUCAUCAGAAUUAGCCACCUCACACGAUGAAACCUCGCAACCUUAUGGUGUUACAUUUGGAUCACUAGCUAGACUUGACAUUAAAAAUGCAAAGCGAACAGGUAUAAAAAGGAGGGUAAAUCAUGCCGAAAAAAUUACUGGAUCACCACAUAAAUCUCAGCUAGAGGAAUCUUUAAACUUGAAAUAUAAGAACAGACAGCCACGUAAAAAGUGCAUUAAAAAAAGUAUAUCUACUCAUCAAAAGACGUGUUUGAAAAACCUUGAUGCUAAAGGUGCGAUUAAUAAACAACUUUGUGCAAAGUGUCAAUACAGCUAUGGUGAUCCUGUCGAUCCUUAUUUAAAAGAUAAUUGGGACAAAUGCCUUAAAUGCUGUAGAUGGUGGCAUGAAACAUGUGCUGCUAUAUGUGGUGUUUAUACUAAAAAAGUAUUUACUUGUGAUGACUGUACUGAUUCUUAAAAAAAAAGUUAUAUGUCAUAUAUUGAUAAAA